AGGGUUUAGUUAUCAUACGUCUCCUAACCAUGGCUGAUACCGCCGCCACUACCACUACUGAUCGCGUUUCUUCCUCGACUUGCUUCAUCUGCAACGAGCCCGGUCACUUCGCUAGAGAUUGCCCUCAGGCCUCCAGCAGUCGCCCCACUGGUCGUCGCCCUAUGAACUGCUAUAACUGCGGCAAGCCCGACCAUCUCGCUCGUGAUUGCCCUAAUGAGCAGACCAACCAAAGGCCUUGCUUUAAGUGCGGCAAAGUUGGUCAUUUUGCCAGGGACUGCACCGAACCCGAUACUCGGGCCUGCUUCCGUUGCGGCCAGACCGGUCAUCUUGCUCGUGACUGCCCCAACGAGGACACUAGGCCCGAGAGCGAGCGUGCUCCUCGUGGACGUUCUGAGGGAAGGAAUUGCUUCAAGUGUGGUAAGCCCGGCCAUCUCGCCAGAGACUGCCCUAACUAAGCUGUGGUGUCUUAUGAGAGUGGUGGUGGCAUGAUGAAAUGAUGCUACUAUACGAUCAAGAUUCAUUGUCAUUCAUAUAGAUGCUCUACCCUUGAGGUUUCCUGUUGUUGGUUGUACUAGCAGUUUCGUGACGUUUGCUGUGUUUACACGGUAAAUAUUAGCGCUUAUAAGUACCACGAUAAUUACUCGAAGUUAAAGGUCAGGCUUCUCAGAAA